CCUACGCACCAGCGUUCUUCCUCCUUUUGGUGACUAUGCCAAUCUGCGCAGACAUUCAGAGAAAUGUUGAGGUUGCAAAUUUGACGCCUCGUCGUUCGCCAAGAUGGGGAUUCUUCAACUGGGUUGAAUUCGCCAACGAGCCUUGCAUAUCAAGAAACGGCUUCAGUGGCGUCUGCCUCACAAGCUCCGAGUGCAGCUUACACGGAGGCAUCGCGAACGGACGCUGUGCACAAGGCUACGGCGUUUGCUGCCAAGUGUCAAGAACCUGCGGCCAGAUUAUAUCCCGAAACAACAGUUACUUCGUAGACCCCGCCUCCGUCGGUGGUUCAUUGGCUCCUGGUCCAAACGGGAUGCUUUGCUCCGUUACUGUCUACAAGGCAGACCCGUCAGUAUGCCAGCUGAGGCUGAACCUGGAGCGCUUCGAUGUGAUUGGCCCCGACGUGUCCCACUUGUCUGGAACAUGCAGCCAUGAUGCCUUCCACAUCAGCGGCCAAGAUGAAAACAGCGUGGUACCCUUAAUAUGUGGAGUAAACCAUGGACAACAUGUCUACGUGAGCGUAAGUCAAUCAAGUGGCCCCGUGAGAUUGUCCAUGUUCCUGGCACCCAACGCUACCCACCGAAACUGGAAGGUUAGGGUCAUCCAGCUGCCGUGCAACAGCGGGAGAUUAGCCCCUUCCGGCUGUCUGCAAUACCACGAAGACCCCACGGGUAUCAUAUCGAGCUUCAACUACGGCAGCGACAGCACUUCCGCAGGAAGCGGAAGCGGGCGCCUCGAGAGGGGCUACCCCAACUUUAACCGCUACUCUAUUUGCUUCCGGUUGGCUGCUGGAACGUGUUCUCUCCGCCUCGCCAAAGAUGGUCCGUUUGGGGUCUACGCCGAACCGGCGCAAGGGAACAUCCCGGACACGGGAAGAGGGCGGUCGGUGGUUAACCGCUGUGAAGAAUUUAGCUUCCGGUCACCGCUUCAGGCAGACUUUCUGAUGCUUGGCGUGCAGCCCUUUUGCGGUGACGACUUCCCAGACUCCUUAGAAACUGUGGACACUGGGGCCAUGAUCAUAACUUUUGUUAGCAACGGAACACAUCGCCCGGAGUACGCUGGCUUCAGACUUCGCUAUCAGAUGGUGCCAUGCGUUCGUCAUCGCCACGGUCUCGACAGCGAUUCAGCGACACGGAGACCUGACAAUAGUCUAUUGUCACAAGACUUCACUACACGGAUGCCCUACGCGUCAGCUUUUUACGCCAGUAAUGGUCUCACAAGCGCUCCGAGCGGAGGCCUUCAACAUGACUUUCCUUCAAUUCCGGAGCCGGAAGUACACACUGAAUCCGGCUACUUCCCCGAGCCUGAUUCCCAUAACAACGCUGGCCAAAUCGUUCUCUAUCACAAGGGCGUGUACAAAGACAUCGCCAUGAAGAUCAUGAGGAACCUCGUCUCUGUUGUCCAAAGUUGACUGCACAAGGUUGUAGAACACGCAGUGCGUUAAUAAUGCUGCCACAUUCAUUGAUAAUUGAUUAUGCUGCGUUCUUUUACAGCAUAUACAUUCUGGUUCUAACAAGCUUUUUGUCUUUCCCCUAUUGAAAAUAUCUGAUAGCCAUGAGGCGAUAUUAAACAUUCUAAAGAAAUCGAGUUUUUGGACGAACUUGUGUGCUUCUUGGAUAAAGAACACAUUACAACCGUAGUCGCACUCUUAGUUCAUUAUUGAAGGCAACACAUGUGCACAGCUGAAGUUCACGAGAUCCACUGGUUUCUAUAAAAGCUGAAAAAUGCCGUGUUGCUGCUUGUGCGUGUCCUGAAAUCUCUUUCUCGCACUCUUGUCGUUCCACCCUGCUAAAACAUUCCCCCACUUCCUGGUAGAACAUGUGUGCAUAUUUGAACUCGCACCAGUUUGUUUUUUUUUUCCUCGUAGGUGACAACUACCCCUGCGUACUAUCUCCUUUUGUGAAAGAAUCGGCUUUAAAAAUUGCAGUGAUUUCUUCACUAGGACGCGUAACACUGAGGCGGCUGUAUGCAAUACAGCGAGCGCUGGAGGAUAUGAAGAAGCUGAAUUGGGGAAACACGUCAGGGAAGAUAACCGAUUGUCUAUCAGAGAAACGCGAUCAGUAACAAAGAUAGGUAGACAAAGUAUAAUGCGGUAGAAAACUCGACGUUGUCAAUAAGAAAACACUCGCCAUCCUGGCCCUGCGAAAGUGGAUGCCCAGCAAAGCUACUGCAAAACCGCCUCUAUAACUGCUGAGGGGGGUAUGCAAUGC